GUCAUCACCAUCUCCAUCACACUCCUCGGCUCCUCCAUGCACAAUGUCCAACUCCUCCCAGAAAGCACUCGAACUUCCCGAGAUCCUCGACGCCAUCGCGCGCUCUAUCCCUGUAUACGACCCACCGACUGCAUUCUUCAACUUUUCCAGCGAAGACCCCCGUAUCUUCACCCCACACAACCUCCUACCCUGCACUCUGGUUUCUCGUCUCUGGCACGCCUGCUUCAUCCCCUAUCUCUAUCACCACCUCUUCGACGACAGUCAAUCCUCCAUCCUCCGGAAACGCCUUGCGCCAUUUCGUAAACAUUCCCAUCACUUCCGGUACUACCACUCCUUCUCUGCUCGCAAGGUCUAUGAACUGCCCUUUGAGAUAUCAUUGCCGCCCCGGAAUCUCGUCAGCUUGUCCCUGCACCGCCCUAGCGAUGCCCUACUGGACUUGUUGAUCUGGAACCAAGGUUCACAGUUGAGGGAGUUGUCAUGUAGCGGCGACUGGACAACCAUACUGUUUAAAUCAUUGCAUCAGGAGGCAUUAAUGAAUCUCCCAUGUCUUCAAGAGCUGGUUUUGGUGAGGUGGACUUUGUCGAGUGAUUUCAUGUAUGGGAUGCUGAGCACUUGCAAAAGUUCAUUAAAGCGUCUGAGAAUCGAGUCUGUCUCUGGUCUCUACGAAGAUCUAUUCUUCGAUCAUGAAAAAAAUUACAGCGGACCCGACGACCAUAUCAGCAGCGCCAUCGCCUCAAAGAUCAGGGCCCCGAGAUUCCAGAUGACACAGCUUACAUCCCUCGCCUUAGCCCUGGACUGGGUCCAAUCCACGAGCUCAAUUUUCUUUCCUUGCGUCUGCCCGGCUCUUGAGCGCCUCGACUUGACAGUCGACACCGAAUCCUUCGAUUUCCUUCAACUCUCCCGGAACCUCCGCUUGUACUGCCCCAAUUUCCACACCCUGCGCUACAAGGAAGGGUACUCAAUGGAAUACGAACACGGCUGCUUCCCGGUACCUGACAUCUACGCCGGACUCUUCAAGAACUGUAGUCUCAAUGGCCUGAAAUACGCUUCCUUGGGCCUACCCAUGGGCCUGAAUGACCUCAUGUUGGACGCAUUACUGACCCACGCGGCAACACUCGAGACAUUAAAACUUCGAAACAAAUACUGGAAUAAUAACGGCCGUGCAUUCAGCAGCCUGGAGAUGUCUCAAGUCCUUCACUUGCUGACCAACUGCCGAAACCUCAAACACCUGGUCCUGAACGGAACCAACUGUUCCGUCCGGACUUUGGAGGACUUGUGCACGCAGCCAUGGGUAUGCACAAAACUCGAGUACCUGGUCAUUGACGGAUACAUCGACUCCCCGCCUUUACAGGAGCUCAGUCGCUCCGACCUCCGACCACAUCAGGCACUGAAGGAAGUGCAACAAAGGGUUCGUCGUCAAGCGGCUCAAUUUCCCGAGGUGGAUCAUGAGAAGUACAAGGACGAUGGACAGGGAUGGUACAUGAGAUGCGACAUGGAUCCGCUUGGUUUCUUAAAGGCAAAAGAGGAUGAGGAUAUCAAGCGACGGUUGUUUGUCCACAUGGCCGAGAUCAGCGGUGUCAAGGGCGUCAAGUACCUGAGACUGAGGCGCACAGAGUUCUUUGCGGAACCUCCAUCCUUGGCUGGCCCAGAAGACGACGUUAUAGGACGGGCAUUCGAAGAAUUUGAUCUUGAUAAAGAAUGAUAAAAGCAUCCGAUGCAGCUUUUGUCAACGUUGGCCCUUUCCUAUUCAAAAUUUCGGAGGAGGACGCAGAAAGAUAUAGAGGGGUGUGUGUUUUUUUUUAAAGUGAUAGGGUGCCCAUGAAAAAUGAAAAUUCGGAGUUAAUUUUCACAAUCCC